AUGUCGGCUGCGAACCUGACACGAUAUGUCCGCUGGGAGAAGGGCUGGUCUGAGGCAAAGAAGACGCCCGGUCUGCAUCUGGGCGAGGAGGACUUCGCUGACCGCUACUUGAGCUGGAGCAAAGGCAAGCAGCAGUACUGCUGCCACAAGUACCAGUACGCCUGCGGUCAUCACGGUCAUGGUUACUAUGGCGGGCACGGUGCCAAAAGCGAGUUCAGCCAUAUCGAGACCAGCAGUGGGGAACUGCCUCCGGACUUCAAAAUGGAGGAUGGCAAAAUGGAGUACAGCAAGGGGGGCCACUUUGAUUUCAGCAGCGGUGGCAAACUCCCUCCUGGAUACCGCAUGGAGGGCGACAACAUCGUUUACGGUCAUGGGAGCGACGCCAUGUCCUUUCCAAAGGCAGACUUCCAUUCAGAAGGAGGCCACUUCUUCUUCAGCGAUUCCAACAAAGGAGGUGGAUUUGGCAACCACAUCGAGACCAGCAGUGGGGAACUGCCUCCGGACUUCAAAAUGGAGGAUGGCAAAAUGGAGUACAGCAAGGGGGGCCACUUUGAUUUCAGCAGCGGUGGCAAUCUCCCUCCUGGGUACCGCAUGGAGGGCGACAACAUCGUUUACGGUCAUGGGAGCGACGCCAUGUCCUUUCCAAAGGCAGACUUCCAUUCGGAAGGAGGCCACUUCUUCUUCAGCGAUUCCAACAAAGGAGGUGGAUUUGGCAACCACAUCGAGCACAUCGAGACCAGCAGUGGGGAACUGCCUCCGGGCUUCAAAAUGGAGAACGGCAAGAUGGAGUACAGCAAGGAGGGCCACUUUGACUUCAGCAGCGGUGGCAAACUCCCUCCUGGAUACCACAUGGAGGGCGACAACAUCGUUUACGGUCAUGGGAGCGGUGCCAUGUCCUUCCCAGAGGCAGAUUUCCAUUCAGAAGGUGGCCACGUGGUCUUCACUCAUACCAAGCAUGUGAUGUUCGGAGGUGGGAGCAGCAGCCAUUCCAUGCAUGGUGGUGGCAGUAGCCACGGAGGCAUUAGCCACGGCGGUAGUAGCCAUGGUGGCAGUGGCCAUGUCGGCAGUAGCCACGGUGGUAGUAGCCAUGUCCAGAGUGGCAGUGGCCAUGUUGGCAGUGGCCAUGGUGGUAGCCACGCGGCGCAUGUGGCUGCACCCGCCGGCACUCAUGCCAUGCAUAGCCACGUUGAGACCCAAAGCGGAGCUUCUUUAGCCCUGCCGCCGGGCUUCAAGAUGCAGGGUGAGAAGAUGGUUUGGACUCAGGGCGGGCACUAUGACUUCGAUGGCGUGGACAAGCUCCCACCCGGCUACCGGUACCGAGGUUCCAACGUCGUCUACGGGCACGGAAGCCACGUAGUAGCUGAGUGA